AUGGACCACCCAUUGUGGAGAAGAAGAGCUUCAAAGUUGUAUACAGAGAAAGUAGGUAUGGAAAAAACAGAGCUAUCAGAUUCUACUUCCAGGAUUCAAUUCGUGAAGAUCCCAUAUCGAACAAAUUCAUCAAGUGAUCAAGAACCCGAGUCAAAGAAUAGAUCGGUUGUUGCCUUCGAGAUGAUACAGAGUUUCAAGCCACUUGUCAGAGAUGUUGUUCUUGACCUGAUCUCCAAACACUCUCAUCAAAUCAACGAUCAAAACGACUUAGGACGAAGGGUUUUAUCAUACGCAGAUUGGUGGGAAAGGAAAGGGAGGACAAAAAUGGCGUACAGGUCGGGGGAGAUGGUGAAGAAGGUGCUUAAGAAACUUGGGGCUGAGAAAAGCCUCACUCCUGAAGCCAAAGAUCAGAUUAAGAAAUUUGUUCCUGAUAGCAAGAUGAUCAUGGGUCGAGCUCACCGCGGUCUCUUCGCCGGCCGCCACAUCCAGUAUGGCAACCGAGUCAGUGAAGACGGCGGUAACAAGACAAGGAGGUGCUGGAAGCCUAAUGUACAGGAUAAAAAGCUUUUCAGCUAUGCCCUGGAUCGUCAAAUUCGGCUAAAAGUAACUACUCAUGCUUUGCGCUGUAUAGACAGGGUAGGGGGGCUAGAUGAGUAUUUGCUGAAGACUCCCUACAGUAAGAUAGACUCUGAAAUGGGUCUUUACUGGAAAGCAAAGAUUGAGAAAUUGUAUGAAGAACUUGGGAAAUUGGAGGUACAGUUCUUUUCACCUGAUGAAGAAACCAAACCAGAUAAUCAAUCCAAAGGGUCGAAAUUGGAAAAAAGAUCUUCGCGCAAGCAUGACCAGAGAAGGAGGUUUGUCUGGUCAAAUAAAUCACAAACCACUAAUGAAGGGCAUACUAGUGCUGAUAAAACUAGUCAAGAAGACGAGAUUCAUGAAGGAGGCUCAGAUAGCGAUAUUAAUGAGCCGAGGGUUGCCCAUGCUUGA